CCGAAAAGUUCGUAAGCAGAGGCGUUCGUAACCUGAGGUACCACUGUAAGGGCAUUUUCUUUUCUGAACUCCAGUUUUAAGCUCUAAUAAGUAUAUAUGGACUAAUUAUUAUACAAGUUUAACACAUGUAUGCUGCGUUUUAAUUCUAUCCCCUGGGUACUUUUCCUAAUUCAGGAGUUUAGAAAGGGUGUACAGAUAUUCCUCUUUCCCUGGUUUAGGUGGACAACCUGGCAGCUGCCCUUGAUCCUGUGCAGGGCCUCUUCUUCUCUAGCACUCUUUCUCCUGAUUGUACUCACAAACACUUCAUGGAUUUCAGACCAGUCACAAGCGAGGCUUCAGAAUCCUGAAGAGCGGGCACGGCUUCUGCAGGGGACAGGAGUCCUAGAAGCUGUGGAGAAAGACUUGGCCAAUAUUGAGAUGGAGUAUUCCUCUAUCAUCUUGCCCUUCAUGAAGGCCCACCCAAAUAUCUUCAACCCUAAGGUGCACACACUACAGCUUUACCAGAAGCUGGUGGCAUUUGUCAUGGCUUACAGUUUCCAAGAACCCCUGGAUGAGGAAGAAGAUGAGGAAGAGCCUAACCCUCCAGUGAUGGUACCCCUGGCAGAUCUCCUAAAUCAUGUGGCCAACCACAAUGCCAACUUGGAAUAUUCCCCGGAGUCCUUGAAAAUGGUCACAACUCAGCCGGUCUGCAAAGGCCAGGAGAUCUUCAACACUUACGGAGAAAUGGCAAACUGGCAGCUCCUCCACAUGUAUGGCUUUGCUGAGGUCUACCCUGGCAAUACCAACGACACUGCCGAUAUCCAGAUGUUGACACUACUGAAAGCUGCGCUUCAAGCUACAAAUACAGAAAUGGAAGAGAAACUGGUCCUGGACCAAUGGGACUUCCUUUGCCAUCAGGAAGUGGUGGGUGAGGAAGGGGCUUUUGUGAUUGGCUGGGAGAGAGUCUUGACUGAAGAGGAGCUCUCGGUGGCAUUACAGGUGCUAACUUUGUCUGCAGAGGAAUUCAAGGAGUUUAAAGAGCAAGAGGCAAAGAUGGAUGGAAAGGGAACCAGUUGCUUGAUCCAGUCUGUUACUACGAUACCAAAACUGAAUGCCGCUCAGAAGAAACUUCUCUUUGAUGCUACAGUACUAACGCUGAAGUCUUUCACCUCAGAUUUGAAUGAGGAGGAAAUUAUGCUGGGAGACUUGCAGGCUUAUUCCAAAUUAAGCUGCCGGGAGCAGUUCGCUCUCCAGGUGCGAUAUGGCCAGAAGAAGAUUUUGCACCAGUUGCUUGAGCUGGCAAAGUAGCCACCGCCGCUGCUGCUGCUGCUGCUGCUGAGAGGACCAAAGCUUUGGGUCCUGGACACGUGGAUGAAAGGCUUCUGAGGAGAUAAAGGCAUCUGUUUCUGUAGGCAGUCCAGUCAAUAAAAGUUAACUCAGUA